AUGGGCUCAGAGGGAGGAAUGAAAGGGAAGGGAACCUCGGGAGCCGAUCGCAACCACCGAUCGGGCCAAGGGCCUUUUCGAGUUGUUUCGCGACAGUUCGGAAAGCAUUCGAGAAAAGACGCCGGAAAGUCAGUCAAUCUGGACUUUGACGCCCGCGUCCCCAUCCCCUUCAGUGUCUUCCCGUCGUCGUACCGGAGUGACGCUGUCUCUGAAACUACUCAGACGAGAGUAGAGGGAGAAGUUCAACUCGAUCGCACUUCAGGCGUCGAACGGGAAGAUACUCGAGCCUCCGCCCCUCUCCCCGACCCGCGUGUCUACGGAAAGGAAGAAGUCGAAUUCCGCGUCAAGGAAGAAGCACCUCGCUCGCACUUCCCACCCCAGUACCAGCCUGCCCAGCAGUACCCGCAGGGCCAGCAGCAAUACGACCGCAACUACUCUGCCGAGGUUGAUCUGACCCGCGAACGCUACCCCGACUACACCCAGUCUUCGGUUCGUUACCAAGAAGACCGUCCCCAAGUCUACGACAAGGUCGUCGAGAACCAGCUCGACAUCACUGAGAGAGAGUACCGUCGCCGGACCUCUCCCGCCUACGAAGCCGACGUCUCUUUCGACCGUCGCUACCAGCCCGUCAACUCUUACGAGUACCAGCCGACCCAAACCGUCGACGUCUCGUACGACCGCGGCUACCAGCCCCAGCCCGCUUCCGCUUACCCCAGCGAAAGCCUUCCCCGUCGCGAAGUCGAGGUCUCCCAGCCCGCUCGCUACGCCCCUUCUUCCAACGUCCGCGUCCAGCAGACUACUGUCCGUGACUCCGUCCCCGCAUCUCGCAAGAUGGGUUACUACGACGACGAGGGUCAGUACCACUCCUUCCGCCGUGGCGUGGAGCGUGCUGCCGACCGCGUUCUCCACCCCUUCCACCACCAUCACGACCGUGAGGAAAUCGUCGCUGACGAGCGUGGUCCAGCCCGCUUCUCUGAGGGUGUUCGUGAGGAGGUCCGCGUCAUUGAGCCCCGCAACCGCGGCUCCGCUGGCGAGACUGUCCCCAUCCCCUGCCACUUUGUCCGCAUUGGCGACAUCCUGAUCCUUCAGGGCCGUCCCUGCCAGGUCAUCCGCAUCUCGACCGGCCAGCACCGUUACCUCGGUGUCGAUCUGUUCACCCGUCAGCUGCAAGAGGAGUCGAGCUUCGUCUCCAACCCCUCCCCCUCGGUGGUUGUCCAGACCAUGCUCGGCCCCGUCUACAAGACCUACCGCAUCCUGGACCUCCGCGAUGAUGGCCGCCUUGUCGCUAUGACCGAGACCGGUGAUGUCAAGCAGGGUCUGCCUGUCAUCAGCCAGGGUAGCCUCUUCAAGCGCAUCCGCGAUGCUUUCGCCGACGGCCGUGGCUCCGUCCGUGCCCUCGUCAUCAACGACGGUGGCCGCGAGCUUGUCGUCGACUUCAAGGUCAUCCACGGCUCCCGUCUGUAA